GUCGCACCAUGCUCCUGUCGGGCACUGCCGAGGUUCCCAAGGAGGGGCUGGUCUCCGAAUUCUCCAUUCUGCAAGGGAAGAAAUGCUCUAUUGACACCGAGAGACCGCCCAAGUGAACACCUACAAAACUGACGACAAAGACCGGCCUCAGCUUGACAGCUAACGCUACCUAGCAAUAGUUAGCACGUUAACCGCUCCGCAUCCAACGUGGAUACGGGACGAAACGACGCUUUACGUCAAGAAAAAUACGCAAACAUGCCAACGGUCAAACAUGUAUUUUAAGACAAACUGUGGACGUCAACGUCUACAAACUGACAUUAAUCGUACAGAGCCGGGCUGGUUUGCUGUCCUUCGUCGUCUUCUGUUGGGUUUGUUGGUGAGCUUUUGAUGACAAUCAAGAGGGAAAAAAACAAAGAAGCAGAAAAGCAAAAGUCACUCCUUUUAAAUAUCAGAUGACUUUCAUUCACAAAGCUCCUCCAGACAACAAACCAUGAACAUCUCCAUCACCUCCAUCCUGCUCGGACUGGGGGGGAAAUGUCUGCUCAGCUGGUUGCUGGUGUUUCUCCAGAGGAAGCACAUCUGCAGAAGCUUUAUGGGGGUCUUCAGUGUGUCCCUGUCUGCGGUGGACACGGCCGUGAGCCUCCUCUUCACCACCAUCCACAUCCACGGUGACGGACACCUCAUGCUCUUGGACUUGCGGCUGACCAGAUACCACAUAUGUUUGCUGGUUCAAAUCCUAGGGCAGAUCUACAGCGCUCUGCAGUGGCCUGUUGUGAUCGCAGCAGCUUUGGACCAAUUCUGCACCAUUUCACUGCAACCUCUCCCCUCCAGGGCAAAAUGGAUUGUGCACUCGUUUGUGACCGUCCUCCUGUGGCUCCUCACUGCUCUCUACGUCUUCCUGCUGUCUGACUUUGUUCCCGUCCUGGAGGAUGUGUCUCACCACCUGCUGCAGCAGUGCUGGGUGUUUCACACCGCCCAGAUCCUGCAGGUCAUCACCUUGCUUUUCCUGACUCUGGGCUGCGUAGCGCUGCACGCUGUGUGCAGCACACGAUUAUUAGAAAAGCCUCCUGUGAAAGAGCAAAUCACAGACCACAGCAGAACUCACUCCAGGAGAAGUGUUGCUUGCCAAGUCCUGUGUAUAUUUCUGAACACUUGGGCACCUCUCCUGAUUUUUCUGGCCGUGCUUCUCCUGCUCCCCCUGGGAAUACCGUCCUACCUGGGUCUGAAUGUUGCCUGGCUCUGCUUCCUAAACAGCUUUUUGAUGGCGGUCAUUUCAUGUGUAGUCUGUCCAGCCUCCCAGUUGGCACGAAGUGUGGCGGCAGUGCCAGCUGACAGCUUGUGUGAGUGGAGGUUUAAUUUUAGCUUGGCUGCAGAGAGUUAGAGGGACACAGCAUGACUACACAAACCACUUUUAUGUAGGACACGCGGUAGACGAAAUCAAGUAAUACGAUGAAAUCUGUGGUCUGGUGAUGUCUUUCUGUCACUCAGUCCAACACUGACUGAAAUAUCUCAUCAACUAUUUAACGGAUUAGCGUGAAAAUAUAAGAUAAGUGGAUCUUUGGUAAUCUGAACUGUUCCGUUUGGUACAGUGUGGUACAAAUGUUUCUGCGUUUCCGUUCCAAAUCGUAUCGUACCAAAAUAACUGACUCCAACCGCUCCAUCCAUCCCUUGGGGUACCGGAAUAAAAAGGUACGGCAUGGUUAGACUGGCUCCACCCAACAGUCAGCCGAUUGGGUGACAGAAAAACUUAAAUAUCCGCAUUCUCUAUUCUCGUACAAAGCUUGAAGUCUUGUUGAGACAAACAGCCACAAACCAAAGCAGGUGGAUUCAAAAAAGCUGCUGGAUUUUCGAAAAUCGUCAUUCGACGUCGUAUCUCUCUGAUGCAGCCAUCGAAAAAAACGCAAGCCUGACCCAGGGCUGUACCAUUCAAAACCGUACUGUACCAAGGUGGAAACACAGACUCUGACCUUUCAACAACUACAGCUUUUCCUUUAAAGGAUUUAAACAGAAAAGCAAAGGUGUUACUCACUCUAGAAUGGAAGCAGUGGAGGUAUCCACUGAAACGCUUCACGUGUAAAUGGUCGUCAUGCGUCGCCAGGCUGCGGUAACCAAACAGCCAUUCAAAUCGUGUAAGGAAAAUAUUCCCCAACACAGGCACGAGCCAGUGGUGUCACAUUUAAAUGUUUACGCAACGUACAAAUGGAGCUUUUCAGAGAAGCCACCAACGACGGACAUCGACUGAGCGACAUUAGCAACAAUUGCUAGCAAAUGCACUCUGACAGAACUGUGCUCUAAAGACAAAUGUGGACACAAAUGUGUCCAAGUUGAAACAGAAAAUGUAGGGGGUCCCCAGGACCCUAAAGUGCCUUGAAACGCCCCUGGAUUUUUCUCCACCAUGAAAAGGCUUUUUAAAUUGAUCAAAAAGUAAAUAAAUUAGCUGUCUCCUUACUUAAUAUUUUAAUAUUUCACAUUCAAUUAAAUUUUUUUUUUUUUACUUCAGACCAGAGCACAAGCUGAUGAGCGCGAUAGCACAGGAGAGAUUAAAUAUUCACAGGUAAACGAUUCAAAAAGGAGACACGGGAGGAAAUAACUCGCCUCAAUUUAUUUCAUUUAGUCAGUGUUCAGGACAGUUUCCUUAAAAGAUAAUUUAAUAUGACAAAUGAUCCCUUUAGUACAUAAAAUGUGGGAUUAUUAGGCUGAUUCUGCAACAGUUAUAGUAAAAAAAAAAUAUCUCACUUGGAGCUUCUUUGCACCAGAUAACGACUGAACACAGAAGAAUCUUUUGAUUUCUGCUCUAAAGUUUUCUACAAAUGGCAGCAAACUGACGUCGGUGGUCGUGAAACUGAGGCGCGUCACUGUUGACGUGUUAAUUACUGUAUGUUCAGGGGCCGCGACUAUAACGAUCAUUACCAUUGAUUCAUCCGCAGAAACCUUACCUAAUUAAUCAUUCGAUCUGCAUGUCAGACAACAGUUAAAUGCCUGAUGAGUUAAAGCCCUGAUUAAACAAUAAACUGAUAAACCAAAUUGUUGUCACUGAUUAAGUUAUUGAUCGACUCGGUCG